AUCGAAUUUCCCCAAUUCCAGCGGCCCUUCCCCAGAUUCCGAACUAGUCUAUCGUGGCUCUAAAUGAAGCUAAACUGAAGAUCUCCGAGGGAAGUUCUGAGGUAAGAUUUGAGUAUAAGAAGACCGUGGACAUCUCUCCAAAUCAACUUCUUCAGCUCAGCCAGCAUCACUCCUUCACAGCCGGUUGCGUCUGCCACUCUUUUCUAACCCAGUUUCACAUUCACUCUUUUUGUUUUCUGUUUUACAUCCAACUUAAUCACUCUCUUUUCUGAUAUCCAUCUUUCAAGAUGAGAUACUCCCUCGGUUUCUCUGGUCUUUUGACCAUGGCCUUGAGCUCGACCGGCCUCGCCCAGUCUACUCCUGGACCUACCACCACCGACUUCUCCACCUCUGGUGGAAUGAACGUCCCCACCUCGGUCACCUCUCAGCUGCCCAUCACCUUCGUCACCACCAUGACCACCAUGGCCAGACCUACCAAGUCUCCCGUCCCUGGCAAGUGUGAGUGCGGCACUGGAACCUGCUUCACUCCCGAGAUCUGCAGCAUCGAGUGUACCACCAUCUACGAUGAGUGCUGCGCUAUUCCCGGUGCUGAUAUCGCUAUCUGCAAGGAGAAGUACACUGUCUGCCUCGGAUACAACCCCUACGAGUCUGUCUUCGUCAAGCCCACCAGCUGCAAGCACGACAAGAGCUACUACAUCGAGUACGAGUCCAAGUACACCAGCUCUUACUUCGAGGAGAAGUACGGCCACUACUACUCUUCUUCUUACUCCACCUCUUCUUACGACUCUGGUUACCACGCUGGUUACUACACUGCCGAAUACUGCUGCCUCGAGUGCACCACCAUCUACGAUGAGUGCUGCGCUGUUCCCGGUGCCGAUAUCGCUAUCUGCAAGGAGAAGUACACUGUCUGCCUCGGAUACAACCCCUUCAUCAUCGUCCCCUGGGAGGUGCCUACUGUCUGCAAGCACGAGGAGUCUUACUACAAGGAGUAUGAGUCCAAGCACGGCGAGUCUUACUACAACUCCAAGUACGACAAGUCCUACGAGCACUCCGAGGUUGAGGUCGAUGUUGAGCAAUGCUGCAUCGAGUGCACUACUAUCUACGAUGAGUGCUGUGCCGUCCCUGGUGCCGAUAUUGCUAUCUGCAAGGAGAAGUACACCGUCUGCCUUGGAUACAACCCCUUCAUUGUUGUCCCUUGGGUGAAGCCUACUGUCUGCAAGCACGGAGACUCUGGCAAGACUGACUACGGCCACAAGGAGGUUGAGGUUACCGUUGAGGAGUGCUGUGUCCAGUGCACUACUGUCUAUGAUGAGUGCUGUGCCGUCCCUGGUGCCGAUAUCGCUAUCUGCAAGGAGAAGUACACCAUCUGCCUCGGCUACAACCCUUGGGAUGUUACCCCCUUCGUCAAGCCUACUGUCUGCAAGCACGGUGAGGACUAUGGUUCCAAGGGAAACAACAACAAGGGCGACUCCAGCUCCAGCUCCAGCUCCAGCUCCAGCUCUGAGGAGGAGUGCUGUGUCCAGUGCACUACUGUCUACGAUGAGUGCUGCUCCAUUGACGGCCACGACAUCGAGGUCUGCAAGAAGGAGUACGUCGUCUGCCUUGGCUACAACCCCUGGGACGUUACCCCCUUCGUCAAGCCCACUGUCUGCAAGCACGGCGAGGACUCCGGCUCCAAGGGAAACAACAACGGUGGCUCCAGCUCCAGCUCCAGCAAGUCUGAUGACUACUCCAAGACCUCUGGCUCCAAGUCCGACAGCUCCAGCAAGUCCGGCUCCGAUGAGGAGUGCGCUGUUGAGUGUACCACUGUCUACAAGGCCUGUUGCGAUGCUUCCGGUGCCAUCAUUGAGACCUGCAAGACUGCCUACACCACCUGCCUCGGCUUCAACCCUUGGGACGUCACUCCCUAUGUUGAGCCUACCGUUUGCAAGAAGGGUGGCAAGCCUUCUGGUGAUGAUGUUGUCAUCGUCUCCGGUGGUGAGCGUGUCCGCCCCGUCCUGGCUCUCCUUGCCAUGGGUGCCAUUGCUCUCCUCUAAACGACUAGCGACUAUGUCGCCGCAUAAUCUUCGCUUCGUUCUUCUAUUUCCACUCCGUUGCUCUGGGGCACCCGCACCUUACCUUCUUACUUUCUCAGUGGGCUGCCUGUUUCUGUGCAGUGGAUGCUUAACAUUCUUAUCUUUUGAUGAUCUUAUGGUUUUAUGGGUGUUGCCGCAUACUCGGCCUAAAAUAGUGCACGAUAGACACGUACGUAAUAUCGACGACUGGAUGGAGAUUCUCUGGAUGGCGGUCCUGGGCUCUUGGGGGCGAUUACAUGUAUUCCAUAGUCUACUUUAGACUCUGUGUCCAGAGAUCAAUUCACUUACUUCUCUGUCCA